AUGCUAAGAACACGCCAAGGUUGGCCUUGCUCGAGGGCUCUACUGUUUCUCCUGCUGCUGUUGUCGCUGUGUGUACCAGACGUGCGGGCGAUUGAUCUCAACAUUGAUGAUGAGCAAUCGAUCAAAGAUGCGGCCAGCACGGCUGCAUAUGGGAUGAUGACCCAUUAUCAUGGCAACGAAACGGGGCAGAUUCCUGGAAAGCUACCCGACACAUGGUGGGAAGGAGGUGCCAUGUUCAUGACCCUGAUUCAGUACUGGUACUUCACCGGCGAUACCACCUACAAUGACGAAGUGUCUGUCGGUAUGCAAUGGCAGUCUGGCGACGGCGAUUACAUGCCAACCAACUGGAGUACAUAUCUGGGAAACGACGAUCAAGUAUUCUGGGGUCUGGCCGCCAUGACCGCCGCCGAAUUGCAGUAUCCUGAAGUCGACGAUGGUUAUUCCUGGUUGUCCCUAGCGCAGGGCGUCUUCAACACCCAGGUUGACCGGUGGGACAGCAGUACCUGCGAUGGAGGAUUGCGUUGGCAGAUCUACGCCUACGAAGCCGGCUACGACAUGAAGAAUACCAUCUCCAAUGGAGGAUUGUUUCAGCUGUCCGCCCGUCUCGCGCGCUAUACAAACAACGACACCUACGCCGACUGGGCCGAAAAGAUCUUUGACUGGGCUGCCUCGACCCCGCUGAUAAACAAUAGCACCUGGAAUGUGGCCGACUCGACCAACAUCGAAGACGAUUGUACUUCUCAAGGAAAUAACCAAUGGUCAUACAACUACGGUACAAUACUAAGCGGUGCAGCGUACAUGUACGCCUAUACCAACGGCACUGCCAAAACCAAAUGGCAGAACGCGGUUAACGGCCUCGUCAAUGUCACCUUGGACACCUUUUUCCCUGCGAAAUAUGACUAUGUCAUGUCAGAAAUCUGUGAGCCCAACGAAGUCUGCAACAACAACGAAAUUCUCUUCAAAGGUCUCACGUCCGCCUGGCUCGCCUUCGCCUCUGUCCUCGUCCCGUCAACGUCGUCGCAAAUCCUCCCCAAGCUCCAAAGCUCUGCCGAAGCCGCCGCCGAAGCUUGCACGGGAAACAGCAACAACACCUGCGGAGUCCGGUGGUAUACCAGGACAUGGGACGGAUGGAGCGGCCUUGAGGAGCAGAUGAGCGCGCUGAGCGUGUUCUCGUCGAACCUCAUCACCACCAAAGAUUCAACCCCGGUCACCUCGACCACCGGCGGCAAUAGCACCAGCAACCCGGCCAGUGGCACAAAUGAUAAGAACGCGCAGGGUCAAACAUCGCCGGCCGUAACGACCGGCGACCGCGCAGGUGCAGGCGUUCUGACAGCUGUGUUCGCGUUGGGAUGGCUCGGCAUGAUGAUAUGGCUAGUAAUAUGA